GUGGCAACAGUGCUCUGAGGGCGGCCGGGGAGAGGAGAGAGAGUUGCUCUGCGGGAACCUCGUAAUCAAUACAGUAUUUUGUGUGUGUGUGCUGCCUCGCUGGGCCUCCCUCGCCAUGUCCAAGAAUAAACUCAACCUCAAGCUGCCGCCGGGAUCCAUUGAGCAGACCAACGACCAUGAGAACCACAGCGGCAGCGACACGCCUCAGAGGAAGGCCAGCACAGGGGCCACUGGCAGUUUUGGGUCCGUGUCCCUGGAGUCACUGCUCAAGUGCAUCCAGGAGUUGGACAUGGAUGACACUCAGCGACGCCGCAUGGAGAUAUUCCUCAACCAGAAGCAGAAAGUUGGUGAACUGAAUGCAGAUGACUUUGAGAAGCUGGGUGAGCUAGGUGCUGGCAAUGGUGGUGUGGUGAACAAGGAACGGCACAAACCCUCAGGACUCAUCAUGGCACGCAAGCUUAUCCAUCUGGAGGUCAAGCCAGCGAUCAGAAACCAGAUUAUCCGAGAGUUGAAGGUCCUACACGAGUGCAAUUCACCCUUCAUUGUGGGCUUCUACGGCGCCUUCUACAGUGAGGGUGAGAUCUCUAUUUGUAUGGAGUACAUGGAUGGAGGAUCAUUGGAUCUGUGCCUCAAGAAAGCCAUUCGCAUCCCAGAACCAAUACUUGCCAAAAUAUGCUCUACAGUCUUGAAGGGGCUGGCCUACCUGCGUGAGAAGCACCAGAUCAUCCACCGUGAUGUCAAGCCAUCCAACAUCCUUGUCAACUCUCGAGGUGAAAUCAAGAUAUGUGACUUUGGCGUCUCUGGUCAGCUGAUUGACAGCAUGGCCAACACCUUUGUGGGUACCCGCAGCUAUAUGUCAGGUGAAGUUCCCGUUGAGAGAUUGGCAACUUCACUGUACUUUUAUUUCGAGCCUGAGCGACUCAACGGCGAUCACUAUUCUGUGGCCAGUGACAUCUGGAGUCUUGGCCUGUCCCUGGUGGAGAUGGCCAUUGGCAUGUACCCUAUUCCACCUCCAGACCCAAGCACCCUUAAGAAGAUAUUUGGGUCCAAAGUGGAGAGUGUCAGCCCCUCUCCCACCUCACGCUCCCCAAGAUCAGCUGGCCUGCCUGGGGAGCCAAGACCCAUGGCCAUCUUUGAGCUGCUGGACUACAUAGUGAAUGAGCCUCCACCUCGGCUGCCUCCUGGAGUGUUCUCACCAGAGUUCAUUGACUUGGUGGACCGGUGCCUUAAGAAGAGUCCCAGUGAACGGGCAGAUCUCACCACACUGCAGAACCAUGAAUGGAUAAAGAAUGCUGAGCGGGAGGACGUGGACAUAGCUGGCUGGGUUUGCAAGACCAUGGACAUCACUCCAUCCACUCCCACUAAACCAUCAGCGGAGGGAAACUGUUGAUCAUCCAAUCUUCGCCCUGAGCAGUGAGAUGAGGCGAGUGCCCGCCCUACUGGCUGGAAGAGCUGCUGCUGGAGCCCUUACCACCAUUGUUACCGCCACCGUCACCACCAACCACCACCACACCACCACCACCACCACCACAACACCACCACCACCUCCACCACCACCACUACCACCACCACCACCACCAUUACCACCACCUCUUACCACCCUAACCCUUUAACAUUUGGUGUAAUGUUAUUGUUUCCUUGUGAGUUGUCACUGUGUCAUUGUGUGUCCAGACAUGACAUAGCCCCAUCUCUCAGCCAGGCUUCACUAGAAGCUGACUAGUUCAACAGUCACAUGUUAAGGCCAGAUGAGUCAGCAGCCUUGAGGGGCAGGGAAGGGAGAAAGGAAGGCACAGCAGACUUGUCUCAUGAGGUCAGAACUUAUUAAUUAAGGAAGGUGAAGGUAAGGUGUGUGUGUGUGUGUGUGUGUGUGUGUGUGUGUGUGUGUGUGUGUGUGUGUGUGUGAGUGUGUGUGUGUGUGCCUGUAUAUGUGAAUGAGUGAGUGAUUUUGAAAUAACAGAUGGUGGGGUUGGAGAAAGUGUGAAGUGGUGGGACAUGAGAGGUUGUUGUGACAUACUACUGUGUUAGCCAAUGUACAGCGUUAGUUGUUUAUUCAUCAAAAGAGCUUGAUGGCAAGGAACAGAAUCACCAUGAAGUUUUUGUCCUAUGGUUUCUGUCUGCCACAAAACUUGUUACAUUGGCAUGAUUUUUUCUGUGUAAGACUCAAAGUUAUUGUCAUACAGUAUUCAUGGAUCAGAACUGAUUGAAGGUUAAAGUUUUGUGUACAUAGCAAAUGCACUCAAACUCUGACUGACUUGUCUGCAAGUAAUUUUGACUUGCAAGUUUUAAUUAAUUUUACUUCACAAAAAGAGCUGGAUUGUCUUGUCAGUUAGCUUUUAUUUAUUUAUUUUAACGCUCCUUCCUGUUGAAAAAUAUAAAAUGGAAUACAAGUCCAUCAUAAGAAAACUUUUCAGUGCUUCUUAAUUGUUUUCUCAGUACUGGGAAGGCUCAAACAGCAUGACUAGGCUGGCUCUUGUGUAUGACCAGUGAGAGGCUUUAGAUAAUUUAAUAAGAUAUCCCCAAAGUAUACAUUGUGAUGGGUUGUUCCUAUCAAAGUGAGGGUUGGUGAUCUCUAUUUUCUACAGCCAUUUCUAUCAUUAGCUUUUUUGUCUGUUCACCCCAAGAGUGGCAUCAGGCUUGGGGAUUGUGUUCACUCUAAUCAACCAGUUCCCAGUCUGUGAUGAGGAGCUGAUGCUGUGUGGCUGGUUGGCUUCAUGGAGACUUGGUAGUUUGCUGAGUGAAUGGUAUGAUGCAUAAGCUCAAAUCAAGGAAUGUUCUAUAGAGUCAGGAUGAGGUAACAAUGUUGUGUUUGGAGUGUUGGGGGAUAAGCAUCUUCGUGGUGUUUACUUGGGUGGCUGCCUUGGUAUGUGUUGGGUCUGUUGUGGAUACUAGCACCCCUGGGGAUGAACCCACUCCCAACCUAGUCAUGAUGGAUGUAGAUAGAAGUGGUCCUGGCUUUGAAACAAAGGUUGGUGUGAUAUACAUUGGUGCCAGAAUGAUGAAUGACAUUGGAAUGUGUUUGAACACCAAAUAAGCAUCACCUGUUUGCUAACUAGCCAUGGCAUAAAUCCUCAAUAUCAGCCAGGCUUACUGUAGUCUCAAUUAUCAAACUUUUCCUAGUUACUUUGGACAUGUCCAGCUACUGCUUUGGUUUCCUGUCACCUGUUUAUCCCUCUCAGUGCAGGAAACAUGUAUAUGAUGAUGAUGAUAAUAAUAAUAUUAUGCUUGAAUCUCAGACAGAACACAACACAAAAACACAUGGUGACACAUGCACUACCAGAACUACUUGACUGCAUAGCAAGCUUCUUGUGAAUGCUGCCUUGACUGAUAUUUAAGGUAAUGCUUGCUGAACAGGUUAUAUAAAAAGGAUAAGCUUGAUUUUUUGGAGGCAUAUUUGACUAUAAUUUACUUUGAAGCAUGUUGGAUUGCAGCAUUGGACAACUGUAAACUGAGUGGCUAGAAAUUACUCCAGUUUAGUUAUUAGCUUAAAUGACACACUUGCCUAAAAUCUACUUAAAAAUAGUUAGAAGCAUUUGAAAACUGGAGUAGCAUUGAAUGGCCCACUAUUUGAAUUACUGAACUCUUUAGAAGUCUCAGUGCUUUAUAAUGAAUCAGUUGGUGAGUGGUCUGUGGAGCUUGGCCAAGUGUAGCACCACACGCCCUGCCACUGACAAACAGCUCUCAGUAACCUUGUGACCAUGCUGGGUGUUAAGACAGCCACCUGUUUUGUGUGUCUAGCCUUCAGCCCCACAUACGUACUAUAUGUUUUAAAUAUUAUACUUAUUGUUCGAGACUUAACAUGUUAUGCUUGGGGCAGGGUGAUAAACAAUGUAGUCUUUGGGUUUUAUUUCUGAUGCUUCAACUGAUGGUGACUCCGUAUUUAAGAUCUUUGAAAUAAAAUCACGAAGUGCAAUCUUGUUCAUUGCUGCCCCACCAUCCACUGUUCUUUUAUUGAAUUCUUUGACAAGUGUUUGAUUCUAUAUUGCUUAAUAUUUACUUUUGUGUUCUGAAAGAAUGUUCCAUUUUUGUAGUCGGACCAAAUAUUAAGAUUUAUAUUUGCUGAAACUGGUUCUCUUAUCAUUAAUUUCUGAAUACAUAGAUUUUAUCUUUUUAAUUGUAUUUGUACAGUAAAACCUCUGUGUUCUG